CUUUCUUCACACAAUGUAGAGAGAGAAACGUCAAAAUAUAUUCACCAGAAUCGCGUGGGCUCACACAUUCUCAACCUUUUCUUAUUUCUUCCUUCUCUCUCAUGUUUCAAAAAUUCUCUUCUUUAAAAACGAUGUUGUUUUAGCUCUUUCUUCUCAUUCUUGUAACCCAACCCCACUCUGUCUUCUCUCUCCAUGUCCCUCUCUUUUUGUGGGACUUAGUCUCACCUCAGUCAUGGAUUUGGAACGAUAUUGUGUUAGUAACGGUUUUCCUUCCAUAUAUUCUCGAUGAUUCUGGCAUUGCGAUAGUUCAUAGGGGAGAGAGAAACCCGUUUUUGUGAACCCUUUUGCUUGUCUUUUGCUUUUGUUUUCUUUUUUCGGUUUUUGUCUCCAUGGAUUCUUCUUCAUGGUACUUCAAUAAUGUUGCUGGUGAAGGUUUCAAUGGAGUCAUGAGUUUCAUCCCUUCUUUUCACGUGCGUUCUCAAGCUCCGCCCUUGGGUCACGGCAAGGGGGUUUUGGGUCCAAACCUUGAGAUGGGUCUUCAGAUGUUGAGCCCUUCCAUGGUUCAGCAGCAGGAGAGUAGGGGGAAAAAGAGAACCAGUGGUGAAGGGGUUACGAACAAGAACCUGUCUUUGAAACGUGAGGAAGAAGAAGAAGCUAACGGCUCCAUUUCAGGGAAAAACGGGUUCACCAAGCUUUGUGCCAGAGGUCACUGGAGGCCAGCAGAAGAUGACAAACUGAAGGAGCUGGUGGCCCAAUAUGGUCCCCAAAACUGGAACCUGAUCGCUGAACAUUUAGAAGGAAGAUCAGGAAAAAGUUGUAGAUUGAGAUGGUUUAACCAGUUGGAUCCUAAGAUCAACAAAAAGUGUUUCUGUGAGGAGGAAGAAGAAAGGCUUUUGACUGCUCAUAAAAUGUAUGGCAGCAAAUGGGCCAUGAUUGCAAGACUAUUUCCUGGAAGAACAGAUAAUGCAGUGAAGAACCAUUGGCAUGUGAUGAUGUCUAGGAGGCAGAGGGAGAGGGAGCAGUCUAGUGGCGUGUAUAGAAGGAGAAAACCUCUUAUCAAUGAACCUCUUCCAAAGGGUUUGAAUCUGACACUGUCUAACAAUGCAACCAGUGAUGAGUCAACCAUCUCAAACACCAUUGAUGAAUCUGCCUCAACUUGCACCAACCUCUCCCUAACUCCCUCUUCAGCCAAGUUCACUCCUUUUGGUCUCUUACACCAACCAGGAGAAUCAAGAGAGGAUGUGUGGUUGAAGAAGUAUUUUGGUGGUUGGAAAGGGUCAGAAGGUAUGGUGGGAAAAAGGGUAAUGGGAGUGGAGCAGUGUAGUUUUUCAGAUGCAAACUCAGAAGUAUCAGCAUCUGAGUCAGGUGUCACCAAUAGGUCUAAUCUCUCAAUUUCUCAAGAGAAAGAGAGUGAUAAGAUUAACAACAUCUCAUUCAUUGAUUUUCUUGGAGUAGGAGCUACUUAGCUAAAUUGCUGAUGAAAUCUCCACUAGUGAGGAGUGUUGUAUAACAUUCGCUUUUGUACAGUUGCUUCCAUAAAAGGCAAAAAGGUAAAUGGUAGAAUAAAUAGAUGGAAAAAAAGAUGAUGAAAUGAGAGAUACAACUUAAGUAGAGAGGUUUUGACUGGGUCUUGUUAUCAACUUAUGUGAUUCGAAAUAGUAUAAUUAUAUUUAAAGUUUUGGUUUUGGAUUGUUCCUGUCACGGCAGAAGCAGAGACUUGUAAUCCUGUGACACUUUUGUCACUUUGUUAAUCAGAACCCAAAUUUUCAU